AUGUUCAAUACUUCUCUGCGCCGAGUGGCGCGCAGCUGCACAAAUGCCCCGUCCGUACCCUCUCGCCCGUCCACUCCUACGAUAGCAUCCUUUACCUCCAACGCUCACCAGCGGCGGCAUUCUUCGUCAAAGCCACCUAUACCGCCGAACAAUGGCUCCUCAGCGAUCCCAGCAGCUUCUGUGAAACAGGUCGGUGCUCCCAGAUCAGAGUCGAAGCGACCGGGCGCCGAGUCGCGCCUCUCGAAGAAGAGGUCCUCCAAGGACAAGGCCGACACCAAGGAAGCCCAAGAUGACUGGACUUCAAAACUGCCGGCAGUUCCCAGCCUGCAGCAUUUGAACCCAAAAGAUGUCUAUGUUGCCUCUUUCUUCUCAACCCAUCGUCCCAUGUCUAUUACCGGACCUUUACCUCCCGAGGUGUCGACAGAAGCGAUAGACAAAAUCUUUCAGCCAAAGCCGAAAUCGAGAUCACGCACUUCAUCUCAAGAUGUCAUCUAUACCCUGGCGUCAGCGGUGGAAACCCUUGACGACCACAUUGCUCAAAAGCAUGCAGAUCAGCCCUCACAAAAUGCGGCCGAGCAAAAGGCGGCCCUGAUCAAGGCUCUCAUGCAGCGCAACGAGAGCCCUGCUGACCCUAAUCGAACACAUCAUCUCGAUGGUGCACCGCAAACUGUCCAGGUUGGCGGGGGCAAUAUCAAACUAGUCAUCCAAGAAAUCCAACGAAGGUUUCGGCCUUUCAACGUUCCUCCAGUACCCCGACCCAUCAGCGAUGCCGAGAUCAACGCGAGCGAGGAGCAAUCAGCAGCCCAGGCAGAGAAGGCGGAAGAAUUGCAAGCUAAGGCUUUGGAAGUGGAAAUAGAACAACAAGAUUACAAUGACCCCUACAUUCAACAGGUCGUUAUCAACGUCCCUCGAGACUCGUCCGAUCUGCAACAAGAGGGCUUUUUCACCAGCCGUGGUGCACCAGUCAUGGAAAUCGAGAAUCCAAACGCCUCGUCUUCCCUGCAAGAGAUUGAACAACAAUCACCUCUGGGACGAAGCAGAAUCAUCGGCCACCGAAGGCAGGUCGGCUCCAUUCCAGGCAGGAGAAGAGAAGGAAUGUAUGCCAUUAGUGUCAAGAGACAAAGGCGCCUGAAAAUGAAGAAGCACAAGUACAAGAAGUUGAUGCGCAAGACGAGGAACUUGAGGAGGAAGUUGGGGCAAAUAUAA